AUGAUUAUUACUGGAUGUGGUAACUUUUACUAAACAAUUAAGUAAUUGGGUUCAGGUUCUUUUGGAUCCGUGUAUUUGGUCAAAGAUCUCAACACUCAAUAUGAGUUUGCUUGCAAAAUUGUAAAUAUUACAAUAGGAUUAUGAAGAUUUCGAAACAUCUAAUCAAUAUGUACAAUGCUUCCCAAAUGAUAUAGGGUGAGAUUGCCAUUCACUCUUCUUGUAAUCAUAAAAAUAUUGUGAAAAUGUAUUCAUAUUGGGAAGAUUAGAACAACAUCUAUAUUUUACUUGAAUAUUGUGCCAAGGGUCAUCUAAUUAAUCCGAAGACUCAAUUUACUGAGGAUGAAGUAUUCUAGAUUUUCCAUCAAAUUCUAAGUGGAGUUGAUUAUCUUCAUUAACAUAAUAUCAUCCACAGAGAUUUGAAAGUAAUAAUCAUCAAUUCUAAGUAGUUCGAAAAUGUCCUAAUUCAUGAAGAUGGAACUCUAAAGUUAUGUGAUUUCGGAUGGGCUGUUAAGGUUCAACAGCUACCAGUUGAAAAUGUGAUGUGUGGAACAACUGAGUAUAUGCCGCCUGAAGUAGUAUCAAAAUAAGUACUGGAUUUUAAAGUUGAUACUUGGUCAUUAGGAGUUAUCCUAUAUGUACUUAGAAAUUCUAUCAAUAUAGGAAUUGCUGCAUGGUUCUUUCCCAUUCGAUGGUCAUGAUCAACUGGAAUUGAUCUAAAAUAUAACUACUAAUCCAUUAUUAAUUUCUAGAAGAGAUGGAAUUAGUGAAGAUUUAAUCUUCCUCAUUCAGGCUCUAUUGAUCAAGAAUCCUGAACUCAGACCAACUGUUCAACAAAUUUAUUUGUGUAAGUGGAUAAAGAAGAGUAUGAAAACACAUAACAUUUUCAAUCAUUAUGAAAACGAGUCUUUGAAAUUGAAAGUCAAACAAAAAAAUAUCGCCUUAAAAGUAGUUCAUGAUGUUAAAUAGUAAAUGAUCUUACUAAUUAUUUAUAGUUUAACGCCAAAUAAAAAUAUGAAGAGUUCCCAUGAUGAUAUCGAUGGCAAAUCAACAAAUAGUAUUAAUACCCUCUAAUCACUAUCUACCAAUACAUCCCCAAAACCCAACAAAUAUGUUGAUAAGUUUUUUAAUUUUAUAGAAAUAUUUAAAAACUUUUGA